AUGGCAAUAUUGAAGAACGAACUUCCGGAUCCAUCGCAGAAUGUGACCCCCGAGGUCAUUGCUACGCGGAAUCGAGAGAUCGAAAAGCUCCAGGACGAGCUUACGACAAUCAAAGCUAAUGAAAAAAAGGUCCGAGCUGCCUUGUUAACCUUUGAGACCAAGCCACGGCUUUCCGAUCUUCGACAGGAUAUCCAAGAGCUUGAGGAAGAACGAAGUGCGAUUCAAGCGCGGCUGACAAGCCACCGGGGGGAUGAAGUGAACCUGCCCCCAGAGGAGCGAGAAAAGCUUGAACAGGAGUGGAAGCAAUGGCAACGUCAUGCCACCCUCCGUCGUCGCAUCUGCCGGGAACUAUGGGGAAGGUGCACCGAAGUUUUACCUGAAAAUCAGACAUCGAAAGAACUCUGGGAGUCACUGGGGCUUGAAGGAACCCUCCAAUGA